GGUGCAAUGGACCGCACACACGUAAGGAUAAAAGCCCCCUCAGGUGCCCAUGAGGCUGAUUUUGUGAAUAGGAAAUCCUUUCACAGCAUUAAUGUUCAGAUGGUCUGCAAUGCUGACUGUGUGAUCAGCAAUGUUGUGGCAAAAUGGCCUGGCUCAGUCCAUGACUCCAGAAUCUUUCGGGCCUCUGAAAUCUAUCAGUGCCUAUCACAAGGUGAAUUCUCUGGUGUGUUGCUGGGAGACAGGGGGUAUGGCUGCCAGCCUUUUCUCCUGACACCUUUCACAGACCCCCAGGAAGCACAGCAGGCCUACAACCAUGCCCAGUGAGUUGAAAUGACCUUUGGCCUCCUGAAGGCACGCUUUCACUGCCUUCACAAAUUAGGGGUCAGCCCUGUUAGGGCAUGUGAUAUUACUGUGGCUUGUGCUGUCCUCCACAAUGUGGCCUGCCUGGGGAAGGAGAGGGCCCCCAGAGUGCCACCAGCCAUGGACUGGGACAAUCCGGCAGUCUUCCCUGAUGACGACAGUGGUCGGCUGCUGAGGGACCAAUAUGUGUUGAAUUAUUUUAGUUAGUAUGUGUGCUUUCAAUUUUGGUUAAAUAUGUCCUGCGGUGGCAGAGGAAUUUGGGUUUUUUUGGGUUCGUUUUUUUACGAAUUUGGCCUCUUAUGAUGUUUGUGCGGUAUACUGUGUGUAAUACAAGGCUGCAGGGAGGCUACUGCAUCCAUUCAUUUGUCUGUUCAGUUGAUUGUGUAUGGAUU